AUGACCCUUUUGAUUCGCGGGUGUGAUAAGGAUUUUCUCCUGUCCUUCUGUCUUGAGGACUGCGUCAUACUGAAUGCCCAUUUGAGACCAGACGACAACAGACAACAGACAACAGGAGAUGUGGCGUUGUCUUCUGGCAGGAUGACACACUUUCCUUCGCAGUCGAUUCGCCGUCCUGACCCCCGACAUACCGACAACCAAUACUUCUCCGGUCUGACCUCAGCCUGCUACGACUGGCUGGGGAAGGGCACGGCGGCUCUCUCGGUGCCGGUCACGGCUUGGCCGAACCCCGCGAAUCGGCCAUCGGCACGAUAUCUUCGUCGGUGGAUAAACCGAUCGCCUCACUCCCCACUCUGUCCUGGAGCCGAGCCCAACAGCCUAGCGACUAACGGCUGUCCGCGGUGCUUCGGGAAGCCCGACCCGAGGCCGUCCACCAGUCGAGCCGCGGAACAGCCCGAAUCUACCGGAAUCGCGUCCAGUUUCGACCCUUGGUCCACAGCCGCCAGUGCCGUUUGUCUAGGCCCGGACAGUCAAUCCGUUCUCCUUCCCAACCUCGACGGAGACCGAGUGCUCCAGAUCGGUCUGGCCUCGGGCAAAAUCAUACGCUUCUUCUCGAGUACGUUGGUAUUUACGUCCAUGUGUGCGUAUGUGUGUGUGUGA